AUGGACGGCGCCAGGGGCUUGGGCGACUCCAUCUCAAGCAUGGUUCAAGCCUCAUUUCGCAAGGCCAUUGAUGGAAAUAUCGCUCUAGUUGCUGAGUCUCUUCCUCCAGACCAUGGUGGUGACUCAGGUGCGAUGGACAGCUCCAAGAAACAUGCUGGCAGGUAUGGUGGCACCUUGGGUAGCGUGAGGAAGCGCCCAAGCAGUGACUUGA